AGCAAGCAGUAUGUUUUCUUACUGCUUGUGAUCCAACGAAGUCCAGGCUGAGGACGUGUUUCCGGAAGCCUGUGGACCUACAAGGCCAUGCGAAUCAAUGCAGCAUUUUGGAUCGCGGCUCUUCAGGCCAAUGUCGUCCUUUGUGGAAAGAUGAUGAGUUUCCGACACGCUGACACGGCGCCGGAUCACAGGCGUGUGCUACAAGUGAAGCUCAAAGCAGACGAUGCUUUUGUGGAUCCGAAGACCACAACAGGGGAAGUUGGUGGUGUCAUCCUUGAAAGUGCGAAUGGAACCUGCCUGAGCUGUGACAGCGAUGCUGUUUGUUCUUCUCCAGAUGUGGCAGCGUACAAGGGAGAAUCGACUCAGAAGGUUUGUCGAAAGACUGUUGCAGCAGGUGAGAAGUGGAGCUGGACUGUGUCGCCUUCAUCGGCGUACGACAUUAUGAUUGAGAUUCCGCUCUCCAAACUGGGCGGCGACACCGACUUUAAAGUCUCUGUCACUUCUUCAGUGGAUGCGUCAGGCAAGAACUCUGCGGAACAAGCAGGGCGGCAAGUGACGAACUGGGUGGCAACUUCCGUCAUGGGCACUCAAGAGGUGUCUACCGGAAGAUGGCUGCGCUCAGCUUGGUCAAAGGUAGCUGUAAACCUGAAUGGCGAUUUCCGGUUUGCUCUUGUGGGCAAGUUGCCUUCCCCGCUGACAUCUGAUGCAAAUAAGUCCAAGGACGGGUGCGCUUUGGAGCAUUGCAUCCGUCCCGACAAUAUCUCGAGCUACAUCAUCACCGAGCAAUCCCUGACGAGGGGUGCCAUGCAAGUGACUGCCAAAUGCAAGGCGGCAUUCAAAGGCACUCCGGUCGUGACGGAGUGCGACGGGGAUUUGUCUGCCUACAAGCUUUCAGGAUGUGUUGCUGAGCUUUGCACUCAGCCAGCAGACCUGACAGCCUAUAAUGUGCUUGAGACACAUUUGGGCCGAGAAUCCUUUGCGGUGACGGCCACGUGCAAGGAUGGCUAUGCCGGCAGCCCUACAGCAACAGUAUGUGCCAAGGAUGGCAAUGCCUAUUCUGUUUCAGGCUGUAAAGCGACCACUACCACUGUGACCACGACCAGCACCAGUACAUCUACCACAACCCUCACGCACACUUCCACCACAACAACAACUGCAACGAGCACCACGACAUCCACCAGUACCACGUCCACGUCGACCUCGACACAUACAACCACAGUCACAGAAACAACAACACAAACAACGACCGCUACGACGACAACAGUCACGCGCACCACAACCGCGACUGCUACCAUGACUGAAACAGCAACCUCCACCACUACCAUCACCACAAGCACAGAGACGACAACCUCAAUCGAAACAACCACCACUCUGGUCAAGAAAUGCACGGACACAGAAGUCAACGGGUACAAGGUCACUGCGACUAGUCUGGAGGUGGAGAACUUCCAGGCAACAGCUGAAUGCGCAGCUGGCUAUGAGGGGUCAGCCACCGUGAAGGUGUGCGACGCGCAAGACAUGCCGUUCAAGCUCAGCGGCUGCGCAGAACAAGUUUGCCAGACUCCGGCAGACAGCACUGGCUAUAUUCUGACUGAAGUCAGCACAAAGGUUCGCAACUUUGAAGUGCAGGCCAAGUGCGCUCCCCUUUUCCAUGGCACUCCAACAGCCACAGCUUGUCUCAAGCAUUCCCAGGCGUACGACGUGGCGGGCUGCGAUCCUGAUGCUUGCUCUUCGCCUGACACGACUGGAUACUUGGUGACAGAGUCUGACCUUAACUUGAGAUCCUUCGUGGUGACAGCAGACUGCGCAGCCGGCUUCGUUGGUGCGGCAAAGGUGUCCAAAUGUGACCAGGACGGGGAUGCAUUUAAGCUGGAAGGUUGCACUCGGACAACAACAAGCACCACAACGACGACAAACACGUUGACCAGCACUACCACAAUGACUGCGACAACGACUGGUACCACAACUUCAACAUCGACAAGCACCACAAGCAUCACGAGCACCUUAACAAUCACCGGCACAACAACCAGUACAAGCACCAUCACAGAAACUUCCACAGGCACAACCACAAGCACGGUCACCCAGACCAGCACGAGUACCUCAACCACUACUACAAGCACGUCCACCACGACCACCACAAUCAGCACUACGUCAACCUCAACGAUCACUGCCAGCACAACAACUACUUCUACCUCAACGUUGACCACCACUUCCACCCUCACUGUCACAAGUACCUCAACCGGCACAACUACAAUUACCAGCACCACAACUACAUCAACUAGCACAACGACAACCAUAACAGGCACUACUACAAGUACCACAUCAACAUCUACAGGCACUACCACUUCCACAAGCACAAGCACCACAACAACUUCAACAAGCACAAGCACGACCUCGACAUCCACCAUCACUAGCACAACAACAACGUCAACAUCCACCAUCACUAGCACAACAGUCACGUCAACAUCCACCAUCACUAGCACAACAACCACGUCAACAUCCACCCACACAAGCACAACAACGACGUCAACCUCAACGACUACUACUACCACAGCAACAUCAACGUUAACGAGCACAACGACUACUAAAACAACAACAACUACCAGCACAAGCACGACUGCUACCUCGACCAUUACCAGCACCACGACCACUUCGACAUCCACGACCACAAUGUUUGCCGCGUGCCUGGCCCCACGUGAUGCAAGCCGCUAUAAAGGUUUCGUCGUGGAGGAGCACGAUCUCCGUAAGUUCAGCUUCGAUGUGACUGUCAGGUGCAGUGCGGGUUACGAAGGGACUCCGUCAGCCACUGCUUGUACACGCGAUCAGGAAUCUUACAGCCUGACUGGUUGCGAGCCGGCCAAGUCCUGCAAGUCAGCUGGGAAGUCAGCAGGCUACGUCCUCACAGAAACUGAUCUCACCCUCAGCAAGUUCAGCGUGAAAGCUCAGUGCGAAGAGGGAUAUGAAGGCACACCAACAGUAACUGCCUGCGCCGAUGACGCAGAGGCAUACACAGUGUCUGGUUGUGAACAAGUGAAGGUGUGUCUUGCACCAACUACCGACGCCAAGCCCUACGUUGUGACGGAGUCUGUUCUCAAGCAAAAAGGCUUCAGUGUUACUGCCAAGUGUGCAGACGGAUAUUUUGGCACAGCCACUGUGGCGGUUUGCACUGCCCAUAAGGCACCAUAUGAGCUUUCUGGCUGCGAGCCACAAAGAACUUGCUUGGGGAAUGCUGAUUCAACUGGCUACACUAUUCUUGAGUCUAAUCUGAUUGCCAGCAAGUUCAGCGUGACAGCUACCUGUGCAAAGGGAUAUGAAGGCACGGCAACAGUGACAGCUUGCGUUGCAGAUAUGAAGCCGUACAGUCUUUCUGGUUGCGAGCUAGCGAAGGUAUGUCUUCCGCCAAAUGCUGCGGAAUCCUAUAUUGUGACAGAAUCUGAUCUAAAGCGAUCAAGCUUCAGUGUUGCUGCCCAAUGUGCAAAGGGAUACGAAGGCACAGCAGCUGUUUCAGUGUGUGCUGGUCAUAAAGCCCCAUAUACCCUUUCCGGCUGCGAGCCGAUCAAAACUUGCUUAGCGACUGCGGAUUCAGCUGGCUACACCAUUGUUGAGUCUGAUCUGACUGUCAGCAAGUUCAGCGUGACAGCUACCUGUGCAAAGGGAUAUGAAGGCACGCCAAAAGUAACAGCUUGCGUUGAGGACAUGAGGCCAUACACUCUCUCUGGCUGCGAACCAGUGAAGGUGUGUGUUGCACCAACUACUGACACCACCAAGCCCUACAUUGUGACAGAAUCUGACCUAACGCGAUCAAGCUUCAGUGUUGCUGUCCAAUGUGCCAAGGGAUACCAUGGCACUGCAGCUGUUGCAGUGUGUGGUGGUCAUGAAACCCCGUACACCCUUUCUGGCUGCGAGCCAGAAAGAAAUUGUGUGGGGCCUUCUGCUACAACUGAAUACUCCGUCGUUGAGUCUAAUUUGCUUGCCAGCAAGUUCAGCGUGACAGCUACCUGUGCAAAGGGUUAUGAAGGCACACCGACAGUGACAGUUUGCGCGGAGGAUGGCAAGCCAUACACUCUUUCAGGCUGCGAGCCAGUGAAAACCUGCUUGGCGCAUGCCGAUGCAAAAGGCUACGCCAUUGAUGAGUCUGACCUGACCAUCAGCAAGUUCAGCGUGACAGCUACCUGUGAAAAGGGCUAUGAAGGCACAGCGACAGUGAAAGCUUGUGCGGAGGAUGGCGCGCCAUACACUAUUUCUGGCUGUGAGCCAGUCAAGAUUUGCUUGGCUAAUCCUGAUGCAGCUGGCUACACCGUUGUUGAGUCUGACCUGUCGAUCAACAAGUUCAGCGUGACAGCUACCUGUGCAAAGGGUUAUGAAGGCACAACGACAGUGACAGUUUGCGCGGAGGAUGGCAAGCCAUACACUCUUUCAGGCUGCGAGCCAGUGAAAACCUGCUUGGCGCAUGCCGAUGCAAAAGGCUACACCGUUGUUGAGUCUGACCUGACGAUCAACAAGUUCAGCGUGACAGCUACCUGUGCAAAGGGUUAUGAAGGCACAACGACAGUGAAAGCUUGUGCGGAGGAUGGCAAGCCAUACACUAUUUCUGGCUGUGAGCCAGUGAAGAUUUGCUUGGCUAAUCCUGAUGCAGCUGGCUACACCGUUGUUGAGGCUGACCUGACGAUGAACAAGUUCAGCGUGACAGCUACCUGUGCAAAGGGUUAUGAAGGCGCACCGACAGUGACAGCUUGUGGUGGAGAUGGCAAGCCAUACACUCUUUCUGGCUGUGAGCCAGUAAAGGUGUGUGUCGCAUCUUCUGACGUGACUGGCUACCAAGUCACGGAGACCAGCUUGAAGAUGGGCUCUUUCGAUGUAGCCGUCCAAUGUGCCGCGGGCUUCGAAGGUACAGCAUCAGCUACAGCAUGCACAGCUCAUGCGCAACCCUAUCAGCUCUCUGGAUGCGUCAGAGCAAAAGUUUGCGUAGCGCCAAAAGACGCUGCAGCCUACAAGGUGACUGAGGGCAAUCUGCAGAAAAGCCAGUUUAAGGUGGACGACGUGUCUUGCGCAGCAGGCUACAGACAGAUAUCUGCGCCCACAGCCGUUGCUUGCGAAGAUGAUGGGCAACCAUACCGUCUUUCUGGCUGCAGCGCUUGAGAAUUCUAGAAACAGCAACACUAUAUAUGGUUGUCGAAU